CUGCUUGCUCUCGAACAAAAGCACAAAUCAUACGUUUAGCGGCAUAUAUGUUAAAUAUAAGUUAAUACCCGGAAAAAUACGACCGCACGAUGACUCGCAAUGUACGUGUCUUGCAAGCUUUGACAAUUGUGGCUCUAGUGUCAGCCAUAUUUUAUGUUUCUCACAACUUUGUGCGUUAUAUUUUAAGAGAGGAUGGAGGGUACUCACAUUGGACAGUAUUCUCUAGGUGCACUAAGUCCUGUGGAACAGGGGUGCGUUUCAGAACACGGUCAUGCAACAAUCCUGAACCGCAGUUUGGGGGUAAAAACUGCUCUGUUCUUGGAGAAGACAAGCAAACUUUCAUGUGUAACAUGAACCCUUGUCCAGUUGAUGGUGCCUAUGGCCCCUGGUCAGAUUUUGGUGAAUGUUCAGUGACAUGUGGGGAAGGUGUUCAGCAACGGAGACGCCAGUGUGAUAACCCAGAGCCCAAAUUUGGUGGGUUAAGUUGUGAAAAAUUGGAACUUGGAUCAGAUGUUGAGUCAAGGGUGUGUAACAAGGGGACAUGUCCAGUAAAUGGAGGUUAUGGGAAAUGGAGUGACUUUGGUGAAUGCUCAGUGACUUGUGGGGGUGGCAUGCGGGAGAGGAAUCGUCAGUGUAACAGUCCUGAACCACAGUUUGGUGGGAAAACAUGUGAGGAGCAAGAUCUGGGGCCAAGUGUGGAAACAGAGGCAUGUAAUGAACAAUCUUGUCCAGUGGAUGGCAGUUAUUCAGAAUGGACCGAAUUUGGUAAAUGUACGGUAACAUGCGGAGGAGGUGUUCGCCAAAGGACACGUGAAUGUACCAACCCUGCGCCAGAUAACGGAGGUCAGAGCUGUGAGAGACUGGGUCCGGCGAUGGAGUCUGAGCAGUGUAAUGUUGAACCGUGUCCCACAAAGGCCGCGGAGAAUCAAGGGAAAGUUAGUGACAACGGUGACGAGAAAAACAAAGACGACAGAAAGGAAAAAAGAGAUGCAGAAGAGAGUGAAAAACCGCAAGAGAUAAAGGAAGGGAUCAUAGAAAAUGAUGAAAAUAAGAGAGAUCAAGAGGAAGAUGGAAAUAAAGAAAAAAAAGAAGAGGAAAAUGGAGAAGAUGCGAAAGAAAAGUCGCGGUGAUUUCAGCAGCUGCAAAAGAAAAGUAACAGCAAUAGCGUGAUAAAUUGCACUAAUUUGUUUCUUGUAAGUAACUUUGCUAAAUUGUAAGGAACCCCAUUUAGGUUCUCUUCCUUGGAUGUUUUAUAUCUACGCGGUUUUCUUUAAUUUUGUUUAUUUCUCCUUGUUAAAGGUUUUUUACGCGGGUCACGGAAACUUCUGUUUCUGUAAACAUACAAAAUUAUUCUAUUAUUUUAACUGUUACUUCAGAUAUAUGAAAGAUGUCUCAACUGAUGGUUCUAGAGAAUUUGGUGAUGUAUCAAGACAAUGUCCCAAAGCUUAGAGAGUUCUUAACUCUCACUGCGUUUCGGUUCAUAAUGUAUUCUUUAAGGUGAAGAGAGCCUUUGUUUUAGAAGGAAAGCAAAGCCCUAGUUAUACAGCGUAAUAGUUAGAAAUUAAUAACGCGGGUCUCAAUAGAGGGUCUAAAGUAAUCCAGUAAUGCAUUAGUUUUGCUUGUGGACAGUCUUUGAUUGGUCCAUAAAACUCACGCAACCCUUUGGUCCAAUGAGAUACAAAAUUAAUGCAAAUCGCGACUUUGUCACGUGCGUUUUCCCGCGCUUUAGGUAGUUUGCAUGUCUUUGCCGUUAGUGGUUGACGAUGAUGUUACCCUUUGUAGUGAUUGGCCGUUGUCUUUACUCUGGGUUUAGAAUUAGAAAACGAGUUGACUGAAGGUAAACAAGUCAGGUCAGCGGCAAUUACACCCAGUUCACACCAACUCCACUUAAUUGUUUUAGUUUUCACCUUUAUCACUAGGACAGUCAUAUCUGCAUGCACUGAAUUAUCUACAAACUUUCGGAAAAGGUUAAUAAAAUAAUGCAUUUUAUUCAGUUAA